AAGUCGGGAAGUCUCGGCACGGAUUUAACAUGGCUGCUGUGACGCCAUGUCGGUGUUGAAAAUGACAAUGUAAAAUCGUAGAAAUUUCCAGAUGCCAGGCCAACAGAGGCCCCAUAUGACUAAUUUACUUUAUAAUUAUUGUGCAGAGAGUGUAUAUAGUGGACUAAGAGAGCUUCAAACUGAUUUGGGGCUUUCGUUUUCAGUUUAAUGGAAUAAUAUGAAUCUUGACUCAUUAUCUUUUGCCUUGGCUGAAAUAAGUUAUUCAGUGGCCAAUUUGACAAAGAAAAAUUUUAAAUCGAGUAUAACAGAAAUAAGUCAUCUUGUAAAUCAACACGGAGCAGAAGCUGAUAGACAUUUAUUUCGUUGUCUUUUUUCUCAUGUUGACUUUAGUGGUGAUGGUCGUAGUAGUGGAAAAGACUUUCACCAGACUCAGUUUUUGAUUCAAGAGUGUUGUUCAUUGCUGAGUAAACCCAAUUUUGUAUCCAUUUUGUGUUAUUCUGUUGACAAUCCAUUACAUCAUCAAAAGAAUUUGAAACCCUCCCCUCAUUUGCUGCCACAGAUCAGCAAAGUUAUAAAAUUAAAUCGUGUUCAAGAAGUAACAUUUGGCAUUGCACUUCUCCAUUCUUCAAACAGCGAGACUCGUCAAUACGCAAGCCAGUUUGUCAGACAGAAGCUUCCUGACCUUAUAAGAUCCUAUGUCGAUCCAGAAUCAAGUUUAAGACAAGAAGGUGGACUACAGGACGUUGCCAUAGAAGUUUUACAUCUACUCGUGGUUCACCUCAUUCGUAACAAGGAUAACUUUGGGAUCGGAAACGAUCAAAAGGAAGUCUUUUUGUCAACAUUAAGGAAAGAUUUCCCACACGAAAGAGUUCCAGUUAUUUUGGGACCUUUAUUGUAUCCAGAAUCUGAAGAUUUAGCUGUUGAUAAAUUGACAGACAUAUCAAAUAUGCCUAAAUCAGUGGUAUGUAAAUCUAACAUGCCAAACUCAGUGUUUGAUUCCUCCUUGGAUUACAUGAUCUUAGAAAGAGGAUACAGUUGUACUCAAAGUCCUGAAGAAUGCAGACAAAUGCUAAUGCAGUUUGGAGUAAGGGAAAUAACACCUGCAUCAGUUGCCAAGGUACUUGGAAUGAUGGCAAGAACACCAACAGGGCUAAAUGUGGACCAGGUGGCUUCUGACUGGGAUAUGUCAGAUAAAACAGAGAAGCCUGGGGUAAAUACAUGGAAUGUUGAUGUCUUCAUUGGAGUGGUACAAGAAUUGGUAUGUACCUCAUGGAACAACAGACAGGCUCCUCACUUUAACUGGAGAGAUGUUGUUAUAGAACUUGAUCACCCUAACUUCAUGGUCCUCAACAAAAAAGGACUAAGGUUACUUGUACAGGGACUGAUUAAAGGACUACAGGAAGUGUUCCCCAUUGAUUACAUAUACAGACCCUGGAAAAAUACAGAGGGACAGUUGUCAUUGAUUGUACAGGCGUUACGUAACCCAGAUGUGUUCUGUUUUGCUGAUUACCCUUGUCACACAGUUGUAACAGACAUACUUAAGGCAGCACCAGAUGAUGACAAUAGAGACAUAACAACAUGGAGAUCAUUGGAUAUGGUUGAGACAUUACUGAGGUUAUCUGAAGCAGGACAUUACCAACAAAUAUCAGAGUUGUUCAAGUUCCCAAUACAAAACUGUCCAGACAUGCUGGUAUUGGCAUUACUACAAAUCACACCUACAUGGAACACGUUGAAACAAGAACUAAUCUCUACUUUGAUGCCAAUAUUCCUUGGAAAUCAUCCAAAUUCAGCUGUUGUACUGCAUUAUGCAUGGCAUUGUCAGGGUCAUUCCAAUACAAUACGUACCCUGAUUAUGCACUCUAUGGCUGAAUGGUACAUGAGGGGAGAGCAACAUGACCAGAACAGAUUAUCUAGAAUCCUGGAUUGUGCUCAAGACUUAAAGGCAUUGUCAAUGUUGUUAAAUGCCACACCAUUUGCCUUUGUGAUAGACCUAGCUUGUCUUGCCUCCCGUAGGGAGUACCUCAAGUUAGACAAGUGGUUAUCAGAUAAGAUCAGAGAACAUGGAGAACCAUUUAUACAGACUUCUGUUAACUUUUUGAAAAGAAGAUGUCCCCAGUUGAUGGGUGGACCACCAAAGGACGACCAGCAACAGAUCAAAAGUCAAAUGCUACCUCCAGACACUAUAGGGACAAUGUUGGCAUGUCUGCAGCAGUGUGCUAGUCAAGUAUCACAAGAGCUGUCAGAAGCCAUAUUAACAAUGGUUGCCAAUGCCAAUAUUUUGAUGAACAAGACUAGACCAGUUGGUCCUGCUGGAAUGGGACCAAAGCCUACUAUACCAAAUAUUGGUCCAUCAUUAGGAAAUCCUCUGGAUUCAAUAGAGAAUUCAAACCCAUUAGGAAUCCCAAAAUCUUGGGGCAUGAGUGGUGGUGGUUUUCCACAGACUCUGCCUACCAGUGGAACAGGAUUUCCACCCAGUUUGUCUUCAAGUGGAACAGGAUUUCCACCUAGUUUAUCUACUAGUGGAACAGGAUUUCCACCAAGUUUAUCUACUAGUGGGGCAGGAUUUCCACAGCCUUUGUCAAGCAGUGGUGCGGGAUUUCCUCAAAGUUUAUCCAGCAGUAACUCUGGAUUUCCACAAAGUUUAUCCUCCAGUGGUUCUGGAUUUCCACAAAGUUUGUCCACUAGUGGCUCAGGAUUUCCUCAAAGUAUAUCUAACAGUAACUCUGGAUUUCCUCAAAGUCUUACUAGCAGUAACUCUGGAUUUCCUCAAAGUCUGACCAGCAGUAACUCUGGAUUUCCUCAAAGUCUGACCAGCAGUAACUCUGGAUUUCCUCAAAGUCUUACUAGCAAUAGCUCAGGAUUUCCACAAAGUCUAUCAACCAGUGGAUCAGGAUUUCCACAAAGUCUAUCAACCAGUGGCUCAGGAUUUCCACAAAGUCUAUCAACCAGUGGCUCAGGAUUUCCACAAAGUUUGUCCACUAGUGGCACUGGAUUUCCUCAACCUUUGUCUAGUAGCAGUGGAGCAGGAUUUCCACAGAGCCUGGCAUCCCUUACAACAUCAACCACACCUGGUUCCCCAGCUAAGGGAUUUCCUCCUACAAGCGCUAGCUUUGGUGCAAUACAAUCUUUAACAUCACAGCUACAAAAUAUAUCAAUGGGGAACAACCCUAUAGGAGCCCCUAGGAGCUCUGUUAACUCAUUAGGUGCCAUAAUGGCUGGAGCUGGGAUAAAACCAACACAGCCACAGCAGCCACAAACACCACAGUCAACACAGCUUCCAGGUCAACAACAGCCACCCAUUAGACCAGCUCCAUCUGGUGACAUGACAAAUAUAUUUGCUGACAUAUCCCAGCAGUUUUCUACUGAAGUAGAAGACGAAGCUAAUUCAUACUUCCAGAGGAUUUAUAACCAGCCUCCACAUCCUACCAUGUCUAUUGAUGAAGUCCUGGACAUGCUCAAAAGAUUUAAAGACUCUCCUAAUAGGAGAGAAAAGGAUGUGUAUGAAUGCAUGCUGAGAAAUUUAUUUGAAGAAUACAGAUUUUUCCCACAGUACCCUGAACGAGAAUUAUUAACCACUGCAUACCUUUUUGGGGGUAUAAUUGAAAAGGGGCUUGCAACGUAUAUGGCUUUAGGCAUUGCAUUGCGAUAUGUUUUAGAAGCCUUGAAGAAACCACACAACACAAAGAUGUACAUAUUUGGUAUUGCUGCUUUAGACAGAUUCAAAACCAGAUUAAAGGAUUAUCCUCAGUAUUGUCAACAUCUGGCAGCUAUACCUCAUUUUAGUCAGUUCCCUCCUCAUCUCAUAGAGUUUGUUGAAUAUGGUGCUAGAUCUCAAGAACCCCCUCCACAUACAACAUCAUCUAGAAGUUUGACUCCAACGGUGCCAGGCAUUUCUAAUGCCCUGACAGCAGGACUGACCAAUAACCUUGGUAUAACGUCAGGCACUGUAACACCGACUACAACAUUGGAGAGUAUGGUGGCCACUACAACAACCUUGACAACUUCUGUAACAACAACAGCAACCACAUCAGUAAAACCAGCCGCAGCUCUGCCAAAACCAUCAAUAGCUAGUGCUACAAAUAUUGACACAUUGUUAGCAGGACAAUUAAAGGAAAACAUACCACCUCCUCCAGAAUCAGUUCAGGAUAAAAUAUUUUUCAUAUUCAACAAUCUAUCUUUGGCUAAUAUGAAUCAAAAGGGUGAGGAAUUGAAAAAGGAAGUCUCAGAAGAUUAUAUGCCUUGGGUUGGUCAAUACCUUGUCAUGAAGAGGGCCAGUAUUGAACCUAACUUUCAUACAUUGUAUGCCGCCUUUGUUGAUGUACUUGGAACUGGAGAAUUUCAACAGCAAGUUAUCAGAGAGACUUUUAGAAAUAUAAAGGUUUUAUUAUGCAGUGAUAAAGGAGAUGCCAAUUUUUCAGACCGAACAUUACUGAAGAAUUUAGGUCAUUGGAUAGGAAUGCUGACGCUAGCAAAGAAUAAACCUAUUCUUCAACUUGAGAUAGAUAUCAAGUCCUUGCUGUAUGAAGCUUACCAAAAAGGAGCAAGAGAACUACUGUAUGUUGUGCCAUUUAGUGCUAAAAUAAUAGAAUCAUGUGCUAAAAGUAAGGUUUUUAAACCUCCAAAUCCAUGGACAAUGGGAAUAAUGAAUGUUUUGGCAGAGCUACAUAUGGAACCAGAUCUGAAAUUGAACCUGAAAUUUGAAAUAGAAGUUUUAUGUAAAACUCUAAGCAUUGACCUCAGUGACUGUCGACCAACUUUGUUUCUGAAAGAUGUUAGUAGAAUAUCAGAUAUAGAGCCCCAGUUGUCACCAGGUAGUAAACUGCCACAUCCACUGCCAGACUUGACCCCACAGCCUGGGGACCAAGCAGCCAUGAUGACGGCUGGAACACCAACUGUUCCUACAACAGCCAGAGGAACAACACCAACAACGACUCCUAACUUACCACCACGUCCUCAGUUCUCUUACGACGAUGUCAAUACUGCUAACAUGGCUACCAUUGGUAAUCUGUGUACUAUUAACGAUCAGAUUGCACUAUUCCAAGCCAAUCCUCAGCUGAAACAGCUGGUCAAGAUUGCAGUUGAAAAGUCUUUACAGGAGUUACUUCCCCCUGUUGUUGAAAGAACAAUCAAGAUUUCAUUGGUGACCUGUGAACAAAUCAUCAAAAAGGAUUUUGCAUUGGAUCCUGAUGAAAGCAGAAUGAGAGCAGCUGCACAUCACAUGGUGCGUCACAUGAUUUCUGGACUGGCUUUAAUCACUAGCAGGGAACCAGUACUUGUUAAUAUCAGCAACAAUUUAAAAAGUGCUUUCCUGUCAACACUAAGGAUUGAUGCCAAUUUCCAAGGAGCAACACCACAACAAAAAGAAAUGAUAGAACAAGCUGCACAACAAGUAGCUCAGGACAAUACAGAAUUAGCUUGUGUCUUCAUCCAGAAAACUGCCAUAGAAAAAGCAAUACCCGAUAUUGACAAGAGAUUAGCUACAGAGUUUGAACUUAGAAAACAUGCUAGAACAGAGGGUAGACGUUAUUGUGAUCCUGUUGUACUGACAUAUCAAGCUGAGAGAAUGCCUGAACAAAUCAGAUUAAAGGUUGGAGGAGCCACUCCAAGUCAGUUAUCUGUAUAUGAAGAGUUUGCCAGGAACAUACCAGGAUUUCUACCAGCUGGAGAUCCCUCCUUUCCUCCGGGAGCUGUACCUGCUAAACCACAGCCUACGUACAGUGAUGAAUCCUUCCAAUUGUUUGAGAGAAUAAUUCGUGAGAUAGAGCAACAUGUACAACAGUUACAGAUUAUGUUCCCUGCCAGUAACCCACAGAUCAAUCAGCUCCACAGUCUUCUGGAAGCCUUGACCAUGCUCAGGAAUUCCAGGGAACAAGUCACAGUAGUCAAUCUAAUACAAAAAGCUGUUGAAGGUUUAUUAGAACAUCUGCAAGGAUUGUCAGCUGAUCAGGAACUAACGUUGAGGUUCAAGGAAUGUAACUUGACAGUUCUGAGAGCACUACAAGAAAUGAGAGCUUUUGGAUUUGGUGGAUCCUGGACAAAUAAACAAGUCACUAGGUGUAUGAUAGAAGCUAACGAACAACACAAAUAUACCAUAGAAGCUGUAGAUUGUCUGAUACGAAGUCAGCUAGUAAAUAUGCCCCAGUACGACAUGUAUCUAGCCCAGCUGAUGGAGAAUGGUAUGAACUAUAUGGCUGUUAAUCUAGCCAUGCAGGUCGUCCAAAGAUUCUGUGUUGAUGAUAAGGCUUCAGCUACUGAGAGUGACUUUACAAACACUAUAGAAGCAUUGACAACAAUAUCGACCAGAACAAGACAAUCCCCAGAAGGCUUGAGUAACUUACUGGAGAACUUGAGACCAAACACUGACUUUGGCUUAGAGAGAGCAUUGGGAGGUCCCACUACUAUGAUGCAGACUGGUAUACUACAAGCCAGAGAGAUAGAUGACCCUCCUGGACUCCAUGACAAAGCAGAACUGUUACUGCGAGAUUGGGUGAACAUGUACCACUCACCCCAGGCAGGACGGGACAGCACAAAGGCAUUUACAGCAUUUGUUCAAUCGAUGCACCAACAAGGAAUACUAAAGACAGAUGAUCUGAUUACACGUUUCUUUCGUCUUUGUACCGAGAUGUGUGUAGAUUUGUGUUACAGAGCCUUAAUAGAUCAGACCCAGAACCCUGCUAUUGUUAGGACUAAAUGUUUCUAUACACUUGAUGCCUUCGUAAGGCUGAUUGCACUGCUGAUCAAACAUUCUGGUGACACUACAAACACAAUCACAAAGAUUAAUUUGUUAAAUAAGGUACUUGGUAUAGUAGCUGGUGUAUUACUACAAGAUCAUGCAGUAAGAAACACAGAAUUUCAACAACUACCAUAUCAUCGUAUAUUUAUCAUGCUAUUUAUUGAACUCAAUGCACCAGAUCAUGUUCUGGAAAAUAUCAACUAUCAAGUCCUUACAGCUUUCUGCAAUACCUUCCAUGUGUUGAGGCCUGCCAAAGCUCCAGGGUUUGCCUAUGCUUGGUUAGAGUUGAUAUCUCACAGGGUAUUUAUUGGAAGGAUGUUAGCACUGACCCCACAACAGAAGGGUUGGGGAAUGUAUGCUCAGCUUCUGAUAGAUUUAUUUAAAUUUCUGUCUCCAUUCUUGAGGAAUGCUGAACUUACCAAACCUACACAAAUGUUGUAUAAAGGAACUUUACGUGUAUUAUUGGUGCUACUUCAUGAUUUCCCAGAAUUCCUCUGUGAUUACCAUUAUGCUUUCUGUGAUGUGAUACCACCAAACUGUAUUCAGAUGAGAAAUCUAAUCUUAAGUGCUUUCCCUCGCAAUAUGAGGUUACCAGAUCCAUUUACACCUAAUCUCAAGGUGGAUAUGUUGGCUGACAUUGCUCAUGCCCCAAGGAUACUUACAAACUUUGCAAAUAUGAUUCAGCCAGCACAGUUUAAAAAGGAUUUGGAUUCGUAUUUAAAGACCAGAUCACCAGUCACUUUCUUGUCUGAUUUACGUUCAUAUCUACAGGUAAAAAAUUCGAAUGAGCCAGGAAUGAGAUACAACAUUCCUCUGAUGAAUGCUUUAGUAUUAUAUGUAGGGACACAGGCAAUAGCUUUCAUCAAUAGUAAAGGACAAACACCUAGUAUGAGUACCAUAGCUCACUCAGCUCAUAUGGACAUCUUCCAAAACCUUGGAGUUGAUCUGGAUACUGAGGGUCGAUAUUUAUUCCUGACAGCAAUAGCCAACCAGCUGAGAUACCCCAAUAGUCACACUCACUAUUUCAGUUGCACGCUCCUCUACCUGUUUGUAGAGGCUAAUAUUGAGGCUAUUCAGGAACAAAUUACAAGAGUUCUAUUAGAAAGACUGAUUGUUAAUAGGCCACAUCCAUGGGGCUUGUUAAUCACAUUUAUUGAACUUAUUAAGAAUCCUCAGUUUAAAUUCUGGAACCAUGAGUUUGUCCAUUGUGCUCCAGAAAUUGAGAAAUUAUUUGAGUCUGUAGCCAGAUCUUGUAUGCAGCCAAAGUCCGGUGGAACAGGCAAUACACAAAACCUUAGAGAGACUGACACCACAGAACUUCACUGAUUUACAAAAUCAUGGCGUCACACAAGACAAUAAAUCCGUCAAAAUUUCGUUGUUGUUAAUUGUUGUGAACAUUUUUAAGAACAUUUGAAGGAUUAUGAAGACUUUUGUAUUUAUUUUUGUGAAAUGACAUCAAGAGAGGAUAUAUUUUGUUGAGAGUACAUCGGGCCACUAAGUAACUUGUUUCAUUUGUACAUAUGAUGUCAGAUCAUGACUCUGACUACAAUAAGUAUUGGUGACAAAGAUGUGUUGAGUGUCAAUACUUCCCCAAAUUUGUUUGAAUAAAUUAUAAAAUAUUAGAAA